AUGGGUAUUCCAUUCGACCAGCAAUACUUUGUUGAGAAACAACUAAACAACAAAUAUGAAUGGCUAGUAUUUGUCAUCACCCUAAUCCUCCUCGUGCUCCACGGCUUGCUUUUCCACUGGAUUCCACUUUAUUUAAGAAACAAAAGAAAUCCUUCAACACUAUCCAAUGUCAAAUACUUUAAGUUUUUGCACAAAUGGGACAUGAUGACAUCCUGCUGCAAAUUGAGGCUAUUCAACAGAUGGGACUUUUACUACCAACCCAGUCUAGUACUCUUUUGCCUAGUAUUCACCGGUAUGUGCGUUGGUUUCUGCUUUGCUGAAGUCACUUUAAUCAACUACCAAGGCUAUAUGUACCCCAUCUCAAAAAGAAUUGGUCGUGUUGGUGUAGGAAACUUACCCAUCUUGCUCUGGUCUGUGGCACGCAACGACUGGCUAACCAGAAUAUCGGGAUUCCAAUUUGAUAGAUUAGAAUUCUUACACAAGUGGCUCUCGAGACUAAUGUGGCUAUUCAUCUCAGUCCACUUAUCUUUGGGUACUUACUACUGGCUCUCAAUGAACUUCAAAAUCAUGAUUAUGAUUCCACCACAAAUCUUUGGCUUUAUGGCCUAUGGCUCAUUGGCAAUCUUGACUUGGACUUCAACAAAAUUUAUUAGAAGAUGGGCCUACGAUUUCUGGCUAGUACAACAUCGAGUAUUCGCAUUUAUCAUGCUCUUUAUGGCAUUCAUCCACAACCCAGGCGACCGUGCUGCCGUGUUGAUUGCCGUGCAUGGCUUGGUCAUUGACCGUGUUGUAUCCAAAAUUAUGUCACAUAUACACAAAUACCACUCACCAACAAAGUGUCGCCUGACAUUUGAAGUAUUAGACGAAGAUACAAUCUUGAUGACCAUCCCCGUCAAGGACCUGGACUAUGUGCCAAACAGAUGGUUUAACAAGUUUUUUGGAUACAAAAACUGGAAAGCUGGGCAACACGUUUAUAUCAACGUUGGCAAGAUCAAAUGGUUUCAAUACCACCCAUUUACAAUCUCUUCGCUUUCCUCGUCAAAUGAAAUGAAGUUGCUUAUUCGUGUGCAAAAAGGUUUUACCAAGAACUUGUACAAGUACUUGACUGAUAUUGACCAUAGUGAGCACGACGAUGAAACAGUAACUAUCCAAUCAAUGUUUGCUGGUCCAUAUGGAGCAGUGCACCAACCAUUUAUCUCGUUUGACUCGUGUAUAUUCUUUGGCGCUGGUUCUGGUGGAGCAUUUACAUUCCCUGUAUGUCUUGACUUGAUGAGACAAAUUGAAGAGAAAGAUGAAGCUCAAGAUUACCUCUUCCGUCCACGCAACCCACACAUUAGAUUUAUAUGGACAAUAAAGCGCAAACGCAACAUUAUCUGGUUUAAAUGGAUCUUGGAUGAAUUGAUCCCAUAUGUAUUACAAGGCAAGCUCACUAUAGACAUUUACGUGACGCAGGAAAAUGGAAGCGAUGAUGAUGCACAUGUAUAUGCAAUUGACAGUUCAGACGAAAGUUCUUGUGACGGUGAUUCUAGGAAAAACUUGCUUAAAAAGGCACAAUUUACCGUAGUUGAAAAGUCGCAAACACUAACCGGUACAAACACAAAUGUAACCAACACCACUUUUGAUGAGAUUGAACAAGUUACUGAAGUGGAACAACAGGAUCCAGAGCUAAAGAAAGAGCAACCACAACCACAAGAACAACAACAACAGCAACAACAAAAGAAAUCGGCUACAGAUGGCAAAUCUGAACAAGUCUCCACACGCAUUUCGACAAUAAAUCGUACAUCUUCAUCAAUGACCAUCGACCCAAAUAGUACAUUUUCAACAAACACCACUACAUCCUCUACAUCAUCCUCAACACCUUAUAACCUCUACUACGGCCGCCCACAUAUUGGCCAUAUAAUCAAACAAGAUGCCAUGAAUCUUGUUGCUGACGACCCAAAGAAUAUCCAUAAAUCAAUUGCCGUCGCAAGUUGUGGACCACCAGCAUUUACAAAUAUGAUUAAACACGAGUGUCAAACCGUAAGAAAGAUGAAAAACUCACCAGAUGUAUAUUGCUACACCGAAUCAUUCUAA